GGAGUGUACAGUACUUUUGACUGGUUGCUAGUCUGCAGUAGCACUCUGGUGUGUUCCUUUACCCGGAAUCCUAGCCGAUCCGUGGAUCUGAGCUCUCUCUCUUCCCCACAUCUUCCCUCUAAUCCACUUCUCGUCUCCAUCUCCGGAUAUAAAAACGAGGACCCCGCGUCUGCCGAGGCACUCUCCGGAUUUCCCAUUUCCUCCAUCCUCAGGACCCAGAACACUCCCUCCAAAUUUACAAUGAGGAUCCUAAUAACCGGCGGCUCCGGCAAAGCCGGCCAAUCGCUCAUCACCCACCUCCUCUCCCAAAACCAUUCCUUGCUCAACCUCGACCUCGCCCCUCUUCCCCCACCGCUGGCCUCGAAAGUCCACACCCUCCGCCUCGACCUCACCGACGCCGGCCAAGUCUUCUCCGCCAUGCACUCGCAUUUCACGUUCUCCGAACCCUUCCACGAACCCACCACCGCCGUCCCAGACGCCGUGAUCCAUCUCGCCGGGUACGCGCGCAACAUGAUGGUCCCUGACAAUGAGACGUUUCGCGGAAACGUCCUCUCUACGUAUAAUAUCCUCGAGGCGGCCUGUCGUGCGGGAGUCAGGAAGAUCGUUCUCGCGGGGUCGAUCUGCACGUAUGGCGUGACGUAUGCGGAUGGGGAUGUGGACUUCCCGUCGUUUCCGGUAGAUGAGACUGCCGAUACGAAUCCCAUGGAUGUGUAUGGGAUGUCGAAGGUUGCGAGUGAGAAUGUUGCGAGGAGCUUUGCGAGACGGUUCGGUGCUGAUGUUUAUGUUUUACGGCUGGGGGCGAUCGUUACUCCGGAUGAGUUUCAGGGGAGAUUUUGCGAGUAUGUGAAGGAGCCGGAGAAGUUCAAGGUUCACGGGUGGUCAUAUACUGAUGCGGGCGAUAUGGGGGGCAUGUUUGAGGCGUGUUUGAAGACGGAUGGGCUGGGGUUUCAGGUAUUCAAUGCGGUUAAUGACGAGAUUACGAAUGAUGUCCAGACAGGGGAGUUUUUGCGGACGCAUUGUCCGGCUGUGCCGGUGACGAGGGAGUUGGUGGGGAGGGAGGCACCGAUCAGUAAUCAGAAGAUGAGAGAUCUGUUGGGGUUUCGGCAGGGGGUGUCGUGGAGGGAGAGGUUUGUUAGGGAGUAGGUUGGAUUUGGAGGCGUUGUAUAUAUUUGGUUGUGAAUUGUGGAUGGUGUCUUGGUGGGAACAUGUAUAUAAUAUAUAUGAUAAGAUGCUUACAAACUUGCAUCAAAAUUAGCUUUUGAUCAACGC